GAAACUAAAACAAACACUUGGAGAGGAAAAACGUUAAACAAGACAUGCUUUGCAUAACAAAUGUUGUUCUUGAAAUAUUGAUCAUACAUUUCCAGAUAUUUAGUUUACCGUAUUUGAUAGCAGGUGUCCGGAGACCGUAGCCUAUUGAUUGACAGCUCCUUGAGUGACGUCAUUACGGGGGGCGCCGAGGAGUUUCUAAUAAAGAAAGGUUAAUGCACAACCUAGAAGACAAGGAAAGCUACAAGGCACAGAGACACUUCAUGCUUGGUGCGCCCAUUUCUUGUCUUCCCCCCUCUCUCCACCAGUUUAUCACGGGUUACAUCAGAAGGACUGAUACCUUGGAAUGAAAGGAUCUCCGCGCAGUGGGGAGAUAGGCUACUGUAAUCUUACAAAUCACAUCAGUGCACCAUGGCUCUUACAACGAGAAGCCCUGGAAAAAUGAGACAACUCUUCCUUGGCUGUCCACUUCGGUGAUAAGUAAGGAUCGCGCAAUCGCAUACAGUGAUGUGAAAAGGUUUUUAUGUGUAACCAUAGCAUGUUACGGAGGAUGCAAGUUCCCUGAUACUGUCUCUGUGAUGGAUUAGUUACACUGACAGGAAAUGCACAGUGAUGCCAGUCCUGAGCAGGUCCUCCUGGCCAGUGGAGGUUAAGGAACAGCCUGCAACCAGAGAAGAGGCACCUGUCUGAGCCAUGUCCAGGCAGACCUCUUCGCCCUUCCGUUACGCCUUCGACCUCGGGGGCCACUUCCAGGACGUACGGCCCCUGGGCACUGGAGCCUCGGGCCUGGUCCUGUCGGCCACGGACAGACGCACAGGACAGCGGGUGGCCGUGAAGAAGCUGGUGAUGCGCAACGCGCUGAGCAUAAAACACGCGCUCCGCGAGGUCAAGAUCACGCACCGACUACAGCACGAGAACAUUGUGCGUGUCCACGAGGUGCUGGGACCCUACGGCCAGCCCCUGCCUGCCGACCUAACUCAGCUGUCGGCCAUGUACAUCGUCCAGGAGUGCAUGGAGACCGACCUGGCGUGCCUGCUGGAGCAGGGCCCUCUGCCCGCCGGGCACGCCACCCUGCUCUUCUACCAGCUCCUGCGCGGCCUCAAGUUCAUCCACUCGGCCAAUGUGCUGCACCGCGACCUGAAGCCCGCCAACAUAUUCCUCAACCCUGAGCAGCUGCUGCUGAAGAUUGGGGACUUCGGCCUGGCGCGCAUCGUGGACCCACACUACUCGCAUAAGGGGUACCUGUCAGAGGGCAUGGUGACAAAAUGGUACCGCUCUCCUCGCUUGCUGCUCUCCCCUAAUAACUACACCAAGGCCAUAGACAUGUGGGCGGCCGGCUGCAUCCUGGCUGAGAUGCUCACUGGCCGAAUGCUGUUUGCAGGGGCUCACGAGCUGGAGCAGAUGCAGAUGAUCCUGGAGACGGUGCCCGUUCUGCGGGACGAGGACCGGAAGGAGCUGCUGCAGGUCAUGCCCUCCUGCGUCAGCCGCGGCUGGAAGGUCAGGAGGUCGCUGAGGGACCUGCUGCCGGAGCUGGACACCGAGGCCAUUUGCAUCUUGGAGCGCAUUCUGACCUUCAACCCCAUGGACAGGCUCACCGCUGAGGCGGCCCUGGCUCAGCCGUUCCUGCAGCAGUACUCGUGUCCGCAGGACGAGCCCACGUCCCUGCAGCCCUUCCGCAUCGAGGACGAGCUGGACGACAGUAUGGUCACCGAGCACAGCCACAACUUUUCCUUAAACUGGCACAGGUCGGACACCAGCCUGUCGUCUGACACGUGCUGGCAGCAACAGGAGCAGUGUGAGUGCAUGCAGAGCGUCUCGGAGAUGGGCGACGUGGAUGAGGAGGAGGUGCAGAGGGACCCCAGGGCCAGCUCAGCCACCCUCCUGGAGGAGGCGCAGGUGGACCCGCGCAAAUACUCCCACAGCAGCUCGGCGGAGCGCUUCCUGGAGGGCUCGCACUCCUCCCUGGACCGUGCCUGUGGCGGGGCCUACGGCGAGCUGGACUGUGGGCGCUCGUGCGACUACAAGGUGGGCUCGCCGUCGUACCUGGACAAGAUCGCGUGGCGUGAGGGCAAGCCACAGAACUACUCGGAGCCCAAGCUCAUCCUGGACCUGUCGCACUGGAAGCGCAACGGCCGGCCCGGCCCGAGGAGGAGGAGCAUGGAGGAAGAGGAAGAGGCGCUGGCUGCUGAGGAGGAGGAGGAGGAGCCAGGGGACCUGUUUCAGGAGAUCUCACGAUGGGUGGAGAGCACACAGUCGCGCCUGCACUCCCCCAGCCCGCCUCAGGAAGCCCCCGGCACUCCCAGCUCUCCCCCGCUCCCCUUCUCCCCUACCCUGCACCCAGAGAGCGUCCUAAGCCACGGCCACAGCAGCAUGCUGCUGCGCUCCACCCCCGACUUCAUGGAGGAAGACAGCAGGACUGGGCCCUGUUGCUUCUCCUCCUCGCCCCCGUCUCUGUUGCCGUCCUCCCCAUCAUCUCCCACACCGGGCCCCUCUUUCAUCUACCCACAGAGGACCAACACGCCCCCUCCCCAGACAUCUCCCUCUGAAAAGCUCCAGACGCAGUUUGACCUGGAUAUGCUUAUCUCGCGUGCGCUCAAGCUGUGUGGUCAGAGCGAAGGUCUGGGAGGCUCUGGUCCAGCCGGAUCCAAGAGGCCCAACAUUAAUGGUGUUCCAGGGCUGUCAGACCACCGUCCAGCCUCACCCGGGCGCAAAGAGAGCUGGUCAAGCAUGGCCCAGUAAAAUUAUUACAGAACUGGUGAUGUGUCUCUACUCCUCUCUGCAGCAAUCAAUGCUGCUUCAGUGCUAAGAAAUGCCACUGAGAUCAAGGGUGAGGGAUUGCUUGGAUCCAAGCAUUACAUUUGGCGACGUACAGAGAGAGCACUUCCCGUCCUAACUGGCACUUCGACUAGUGCGUAACUUGCAAUUACAGCAGUUACAUUUCUGCACUUCUUUUUUUCCUUUUUUCUUUUUUUCCUUUUUAUUUCAUUUUGUUAUA